UAAAUAUACAUUUCAAUACAUAUGUGCGCAAUAUAAUACAAAUAGUAUUCAUAAGCAUUUUUAAAUGAAAUAUGUAAAUAUAUAUAUAUAUAAUUAUUAAAAUAUAUUUAGGAUUACAUUUAAAAACUCAAAUUUAAGAUAUAUUAUUUGACUUUCAUAUCUUAAAACUAGAUGGAACUCUAUUCGGGGUCAACUUACAAUGUGGCUGUGCUCACAACGGCAAACAUUAAAAAAUUAAAAGAAGAAGUCCCUCACUAAAGCGGGGCACAGCUCACCAAAGGAGGUAGAUUUUGUGCCAAGUGCUAGCGUGAGCAUCCGCCACGCACAUCACCAUGAAUACACGUGUCCAUCCAGAUGACACGUGGCUCCGUGACUCACUCAUCUCUCCACCCGCCUUACACAUACUACAAACCAGCCCAGAUCAUCCGAUCCCCCUUCCUUUCUUUCACUCCUGCGCUCGCAAUCCUCAGCAGCCACAAAGAAAGAGAGAGAGAGAGAGAGAGAGAGAAUAAUAUUAAGCAACCAUUAUUGUUAAUAAUGUGGAGGGGAAAGCAAGCUCCUGUUUUGAUUUUUCUUCUUGUUGUUUUGCAAGUCUUGUACUGCUAUGGUACUGGGGAAGGUGGAGAUGGGUCGUCGUCGGGUGCGUCGCCGGCGGCGGCGGCGGCGGUGGUGAAGAAGGAGGAGAGGAGGACGCUGGUGUCGACGGAGUACGGAGAGAUCUCCGCCGCUGAAUUCAGUGGUGGAAGAGGGGCGCCGACGUACCAUCUUCACUUCAUCACCAUGGAGCCCAACUCCCUGUUCCUCCCUGUGCUUCUGCAUGCAGACAUGGUGAUCUAUGUGGAUACUGGGUGCGGGACAUUGAGUUGGCUCGAUGAAGAUAAAAUGAGGCAGGUGAGUUUACAUCAAGGCGAUGUCUACAGACUCCGAUCAGGCACUGUUUUCUUUUUAGAGAGCAACUUAGAGCCAGAGAGGGAGCGGCUCCAAAUAUAUGCUCUUUUUGCUAGCUCACAUGACUACCACAAUGAUCCUUCAGUUGGAGUGUACUCUAGGAUUAAUGACAUGGUUUUAGGCUUCAACAAGGAAGUUCUCCAAGCAGGUCUCAAGGCUACAGAGGAAGUCAUAGAGGAGCUAAUGAAAACAGCGAAGGUUCCUGCGAUUGUGCAUGCAGUACGGAGACAGAAAACGACAUUUUGGGAGGCGGAAGCUCUACUUUCCAAGGUCCUUUUAGAAGCCAAAGGCUACAACAUGUUUGAGGCAAACAAAAAAAGAACAUUCAACAUUCUCAAGGAAGAACCCGAUUUCAAGAAUUGUUACGGAUGGAGCUCCAUUGUCACCGAGAAAAAGUUGCAUGUACUGAAGGGUUCCAACAUCGGUGUUCUCAUGGUGAACUUGACCAAGGGCUCCAUGAUGGGACCACAUUGGAACCCUAUGGCUACAGAGAUAGCAAUAGUUAUACAAGGGCGAGGAAUGGUUCGGGUGGUUUGUUCAAGCAGUGUGAAUGAGACGGAGUGCAAAAACACGAGGUUCAGCGUCCGGGAAGGAGAUGCUUUUUCUGUUUCAAGGUUCCACCCCAUGGCACAGAUGUCUUUCAACAAUGGUUCCCUUGUUUUUGUGGGGUUCAGCACAACGACAAAGAAGAAUCAUCCUCAAUUCCUGGCAGGAAAGAGAUCGGUUCUUCGAACUCUAGACAGACAGGUGGUGGCUGUGUCCUUGGGCACAAAUUUGACAAUAACUGACCAGCUUUUGGAUGCGCAGGGCGAUUCAGCCAUAGUAGAAUGCAUGUCCUGUGCUGAGGAGGAAGAAAGGAGGGUGGAUCAAGAGAUUGAAAGGAAAAAACAGCAAGAAGAAGAAGAAAAGAAAGCAGAAGAGGAGGCUAAAAAGAAAGAGGAAGAGGAAGAGAAGAGAAAAGAAGAGGAAGCCAAGGAAAGAGAAAAAGAGAAGGAAGAAGAGGAGGCCAGAAAGAAAGAGGAGGAAGCCAGGAGGAAAGAGAAAGAAGAAGAGAAAGCCAAGCAAAGAGAAAAGGAGAAAGAGGAAGAGGGAAGAGAAAAGGGGAAGCAAGCUGAAGAGGAAGCCAAGCAGAAAGAGGAAGAGAGGGAGAGGGAGAGGGAGAAAGAAAAGGAGAGGCAAAAAGAGUGGGAGAAAAGAAAACAAGAGGAAGCAGAGAGAGAAGAAGAAGAGGCCAAGAGAUGGGAGGAAGAGAGAGAGAAGACCUUGAGAGAGCAACAAGAGGCCGCGGAGGAAAGAGGGAAAAAGAAGCUGGACGAGGAGGGGAAAGAGGAGGAAAAACUAUACAGAAGAGAAAAUGAAGAGACAGGCAGAGGAGGUGAAGCUACGAGGAGGUGAAGCUACGAAACAGAAAAAUAAGGCCAGCAAGAACAAGCAUAAGAGGUUUGAUGCCUCUGCCUCUGCCUCUGUCUCUGGAAAUUGGUGUGUUGCCAAAUCAGUUCAGAUAUGCGUAUAUGAAUAAACUUUGCAGUCAUGUUUAUGUUUCUGUUUCUGUUCUUUCUUUUUUCUUUUUCUUUUUUCCAACUCAUAAUAAGGGAGAUCAUGGUUUGUCAACUUUGUUGCUUUAGAUAUAAAACUCCCCUGAGGAAACAUUUUGCUUUGGCAUUAUGGUGGUAAUUUUGAGUAAUAUGUAAUAAAAAAAAUUGUAUUGAAAUUAAUUUAAAUUUUAGGUUUGAAAUUUGUUCUUUAAA